CUGACGCCUAAAUGGAGCAGAAGUUGAGAGUAUUGGAAAACGGCCCUGGAUCAGUGAAACAUGUUGAGUGCAUGCGCGCGCACACACGUACACGUUCACCGCGUGGAGAUCAAUCGGUGGUGGAUAUACGUACGUAUACGCGGACGGACCACGCUGAUAUGAUCCAGGCCUCGAACUCAGAGUCAUAACAAGUGGACGGUGGACGAAUAGAAAGGUACAAAAGCAGGGAACACCAUCAACCUAGACCAACAUGGCAGAUCAGCAACCAAGUGGUCGUGCUCGUGGGAGGUCCCGUGGGCGAGGACGUGCCUCUUCUGGCCAGCAGCCAGCCCCGACCAGGCGCCCUGGUGAGACAGCAGCAGCAGCCCCUCCCCGCAUGCCCGCGGCUGAGCCAGACCCCCUGCCCACCCCAGGAAGAGGACGCUCAAGGGGUGGCUCCUCCCAGGUACCCGGAUCAGGAGCCCCAGUUCCAGCAGAGCCAAAAGUGCCCCCUACAGUCCAGAUGGCUGCUCUAAGCAUGAGCGCAGCUGGGGAAGGAGGGAUGGGUGGUAUCAGUGGUCGUGGUAAGCAGGCCCAGCUGAGUUACCAAGAGAUCAAGACCAGACCUGACCACAUCAAAGAUAAGAGGGGCACAGCUGGAGCAAAGGUAGAUAUCCUGACCAACUGCUUCCAACUCAAGAGGGAGGAACACUGGCUUUUGUACCAGUAUCACGUGGAUUUCAGCCCGAUGGUAGAAAGUAUACGGGCCCGGCAGGGCCUCUUGCGCUUUCACACCGAGUCUCUGGGUACCCCCAUGGCAUUUGAUGGGAUGAUACUGUUUCUGCUUAGAAGGCUAGACCAGCCGGUCACCACUCUUCAAACAAAACGCCGCAACAGUGAUGAGAUAGUGACAAUUACGAUCACCCUGAAAGCUGAGCUGGCCCCCAAUAAUCCCACCUGCCUCCAAGUCUACAAUAUUAUCUUCCGCAAGGUCUUGGGAUUGAUGGGCAUGCAGCAGAUAGGCCGCCACUAUUUCAACCCCAAUCUCCCGGUAGUCAUUCCACAGCAUAGUUUGCAGCUCUGGCCAGGCUUCAUCACUUCCAUUCUCCAGUACGAGGAGGAGGUGAUGCUGAUGGCGGAUGUCUCCCACAAGGUCCUGCGUACGGACACUGUGCUGGACAUCCUUGCCAACAUCUAUGUGGCCAAGAAGGACCGCUUUAAGGAAGAGGCAAUGCGCAUGCUGGUCGGGGAGAUUGUCCUCACCAGCUACAACAAUAAGACCUACCGAGUGGAUGAUAUCGACUGGGACAAGAAUCCUAUGCACACCUUUGCCAAAUAUGAUGGCACGCAGAUCAGCUACGCCCAGUAUUACAAGGAUGCCUAUGGGCGGGAAAUCGCCGAUAAGGAACAACCACUGCUAGUCAGCAUUCCCAAGAAAAAGGAUCAGCGUCGUGGAAUGACUGGCCCCAUCCACCUGAUCCCAGAGCUGUGCAUGCUGACCGGUCUGAGCGACGACGUACGCAGCGAUUUCCACGUCAUGAAGGACCUUGCCCAGCACACCCGCAUCUCGCCUGAUGACCGCGUUAACUCACUCUCUGCAUUCAUCCGCAGCUUUCCCAAGAACCAAGAGGCCCAAGAUUACUUGAACAAAUGGAGAGUCAGUUUUCCCUCGAAACCGGUUAAGCUUGAGGGCCGCGUCAUGAAAGCAGAGAACCUCUACAUGGAAACUGGGAAACUCUCCUUCAACCCAGCCGAAGCUGAAUGGAGCCGUGACUUGCGCAACCACAGACUGAUGACCUGUGUCGGUUUGAACGACUGGAUACUGAUGUUCGCACCCCGAGAUCAGCCAAAAGGCAUGGAUUUCUUCCAGGCCCUCACCAGAGUGGGGCCUAAAAUGGGCAUGGCCGUACAAGAACCAAAGACACACCAGCUGAGGGAUGACAGAGCAGAGAGUUAUGUUAACUGCAUCAAGCAGAACCUGAACCGCACAACGCAGAUGGUGGUCUGCAUCCUGCCCACCAAUCGCAAGGACCGCUACGAUGCCAUCAAGAAGCAUUGCUGCCUGGAGGCCCCUGUCCCCAGCCAGUGCAUCGUGGCCCGCACCCUCAGUAAGAAGCAGACCAUCAUGUCAGUGGCCACCAAGAUUGCCAUGCAGAUCAACUGCAAGAUGGGUGGUGAGCUCUGGAAGGUGGAGAUCCCGCCCAAGAAAAUGAUGGUCAUAGGGAUUGACUCGUACCACGACUCCUCCACAAAAGGGCGCUCAGUCGGCGGCUUUGUUGCGACAAUGAAUGAUGACCUCACCCGCUACUACUCCCGAUGUUCAUUCCAGCAUUCAGGACAGGAACUUAUUGAUGGUCUUAAAGUGUGCAUGCAGGCUGCCAUCAGAACGUACGUUGAUAUCAACAAGGGUCUGCCCGACAGGGUGAUCAUCUACCGUGACGGGGUGGGAGACGGGCAGCUGCCAGCCGUAGUGGAGCACGAACUACCUCAAAUUUUGGACACCUUCAAGGCACUGGGGAAGAACUGGGAGCCGCGGUGCGCAGUGAUUGUGGUCAAGAAGCGCAUCAAUAAUCGCUUCUUCUGUACCAACAACGGCAAACUAAGCAACCCUCCACCAGGCACCAUCAUUGAUUCGGUCGUCACCAAGCCAGAGUUGUGAGUCCAUGGCACAAAGGGACUGAUAUCUAAGAUACAGUACACUGCAAUU